AAACCCAAUUUGAACGGCGUUGCGAGUGGACGUGUGUGAUACGUGCUGGAAAAAACGGAAAAUCGUCAAUUUAUUCCGUGGAAUUUUUCUGCGGAAAAGUUCACAUAAGUCAUUAAAAAUAUAGGUAUCGUUGGAUACAAAAUAUCGUCGAAGUCUUACCAAAUUCUAAGACAAACCCUGAGAAAAUUUAAACUCUUGGUUUUCCGGUCGUGUGUUUGCACUGCGUAUAUGUGUGUACAUUCUUAAUCUUCCAUAAUUGGAAAUUUUAACUACAUAUUGCAACAAAAUAAAAGUAUAUUGCUUUAAUUUGUUAUUUAUAGCAAAAGGCAACAAUAAAACUAAACAAAUGUUUGUUUAAUGUUGAAAAUAUAAGAUAUUUGUGUUUACGCGAACUAACCAACAACGAAGACGGCGGUGAUUUAUAAAAUUGAAAAAUACCACCUAUUGCUGCAACAAUACAAAGGAAAAAAAGUAAAGUGUGGAUAAGGGGCAAUUUCAAAGAUGAGGAAUAAAUUCUUCGCAGCUUUGCUGCUGUACUUCAAUAUAUUUUCCUUUUCCUCAUUGAGGAAUGUAAAGGCUGACUCUUACAGUGACUAUUUUUCCGACUAUGAAUGUAACACACCGCUCAUGGAAAAGGCCAGUCUAUCGGCCACUUCAGCCCUUAAUGAUCGUGGGCCAGAGAAGGCUCGUUUAAAUGGUAAUUCGGCAUGGACUCCGGUUGAAAAUACUUACAAUCACUUCCUAACCAUUGAUUUGGGCUAUAAGAGCACUGUACGUAAAAUUGCUUCAAUGGGACGUUCAUUUACUAAUGAGUUUGUUACGGAAUAUAUUGUACAAUAUUCUGAUGAUGGUGAAUAUUGGCGAUCCUAUGUUAAUCCGUCAAGUGAGCCACAGAUGUUCAAAGGCAACUCGGAUGGAAACUCAAUACAUUAUAAUGUCUUUGAAGUACCCAUUAUUGCUCAGUGGAUACGUAUCAAUCCCACCCGUUGGCAUGAUCGCAUUUCAAUGCGAGUUGAACUGUACGGUUGUGAUUAUGUUGCUGAAAAUCUAUACUUCAACGGCACUGGUUUGAUACGCUACAAUUUGAUGCAAGAUCCAAUUGCCUCAACUCGUGAAUCUAUACGUUUCCGUUUUAAGACAGCCAAUGCCAAUGGUAUCAUGAUGUAUUCCCGUGGUACUCAGGGUGAUUACUUCGCCUUGCAGCUGAUGGAAAAUAAAAUGGUAUUGAAUUUAGAUUUGGGUGGUGGCAUUAUGACUUCCCUGUCUGUGGGCAGCCUUUUAGACGAUAAUGUCUGGCAUGACGUUGUUAUAUCUCGUAAUCGUCGCGACAUCAUCUUUUCGGUUGAUCGUGUAAUAGUUCGUGGCCGCAUAAAAGGAGAAUUUAGUCGUUUGAAUUUAAAUCGUGAAUUGUAUUUGGGAGGCGUUCCAAAUAUUCAGGAAGGCAUUUAUGUUACACAAAACUACACCGGUUGCAUGGAGAAUAUCUAUUUCAAUUCUACAAAUUUCAUACGAGAAAUGAAGGAUCAGCAUGAACGUGGAGAAUUUUAUCGCUUUAGCAAAAUCAACACAGUGUACGCCUGUCCCUCACCACCCAUCUAUCCUGUGACAUUUACCACACGUGGUUCAUUUGUACGUCUGAAGGGCUAUGAAGGCCAAAAGUCUCUGAAUGUGUCUUUCUAUUUCCGUACCUAUGAAAAUGAGGGAAUGAUGCUGCAUCAUGAUUUUGCUAACGGCGGUUAUGUUCGUGUCUUCUUGGAAAAGGGCAAAGUCAAGGUUGAUCUUAAACUGGCAGAUAAACCACGCAUCAUUUUGGAUAAUUAUGAUGAAAGGUUCAAUGAUGGCAAAUGGCAUGCCUUUGUCCUGACCAUACAACGUAAUCGUCUUGUUUUGGAUAUUGAUCAACGCCCAAUGGCCACAACAAAGAAUAUACAAAUAUCCACUGGACGUUUAUAUUACAUUGCCGGAGGUAUGGAGAAGAAUAAUGGCUUUGUGGGAUGUAUGCGUUUGAUUCUGGUCGAUGGUAACUACAAACUACCCAAGGACUGGGUUCAAGGUGAAGAAGUGUGUUGUGGCGAUGAGGUUGUUGUUGAUGCCUGUCAAAUGAUAGAUCGCUGUAAUCCAAAUCCUUGUCAACAUAAUGGUCCUUGUCAUCAAGAUUCUACUGAUUUCUUCUGUGAUUGUGACAAUACGGGAUAUGCUGGCGCGGUGUGCCAUACUUCUAAUAAUCCUCUGUCCUGUCAAGCUCUCAAGAAUGUUCAACAUGUUUCGUCACGUGUAACAACUAAAAUUGAUGUCGAUGGUAGUGGACCUUUGAAACCUUUCCCAGUAACCUGUGAAUUUUAUACUGAUGGCCGUGUCAUUACCACAUUGAGUCACAGUCAGGAGCACACAACCACUGUUGAUGGCUUCCAAGAGCCUGGAUCCUUUGAGCAAAAUAUCCUUUACGAUGCUGAUAUGCAACAGAUUGAAGCUUUGCUAAAUCGUUCUCACACCUGCUGGCAGCGUUUGAGUUAUUCAUGUCGAUCAUCGCGUCUUUUCAAUUCUCCAUCUGAAGUAUCUAAUUUCCGUCCCUUCUCUUGGUGGGUAUCCAGACACAAUCAACCAAUGGACUAUUGGGCUGGUGCUUUACCUGGUUCUCGCAAAUGCGAAUGUGGUAUCUUGGGUAAAUGUCAAGAUCCCACCAAAUGGUGUAACUGUGAUUCGAAUAGCUUGGAAUGGGCCGAAGAUGGUGGUGAUAUUAGAGAGAAAGAGUACUUACCUGUAAGAGCUGUUAAAUUUGGCGAUACUGGUACCCCACUGGAUGAGAAACAAGGUCGUUAUACAUUGGGACCAUUGCGUUGCGAAGGCGAUGAUUUGUUUAGUAAUGUGGUAACAUUCCGCAUAGCUGAUGCCACCAUCAAUUUGCCACCAUUUGAUAUGGGCCAUUCGGGCGAUAUUUACUUAGAGUUCAAAACUACAGUGGAAAAUGCUGUCAUCUUCCAUGCCACCGGGCCAACAGAUUAUAUAAAACUAACCAUUUCUGGUGGCAAUAAAUUACAAUUCCAAUAUCAGGCAGGCAGUGGACCAUUGGGAGUUAAUAUUGCCACAAGUUAUCAUUUGAAUGACAAUGAAUGGCAUACAGUCAGUGUGGAACGUAAUAGGAAAGAAGCACGCUUAGUAGUUGAUGGCUCAAUAAAAGCCGAAGUACGUGAGCCUCCAGGACCGGUACGUGCUCUUCACUUGACAUCAGAUUUGGUGAUUGGUGCCACCACCGAAUAUCGCGACGGCUAUGUCGGUUGUAUUCGUGCCCUACUGCUUAAUGGAAAAAUGGUUGAUUUGAAACAAUUUGGCGAACGAGGCAUGUAUGGUAUUUCAUCUGGAUGUGUGGGUCGUUGUGAAUCUAGUCCUUGUCUAAAUAAUGGUACAUGUAUUGAACGUUAUGACGGUUAUAACUGUGAUUGUCGUUGGAGUGCAUUUAAGGGUCCCAUAUGUGCUGAUGAAAUUGGUGUUAAUUUACGUAGUAAUUCGAUUAUACGUUACGAGUUCAUAGAAUCGUUCCGUUCGACAAUUGCCGAGAAUAUUCGUGUCGGUUUCACAACAACAAUCCCCAAAGGUUUCCUAUUGGGCUUCUCAUCGAAUAUUACUGGCGAAUAUUUGACCAUACAAAUUUCUAAUUCUGGACAUUUACGAUGUGUUUUCGAUUUUGGUUUUGAACGUCAAGAAAUUAUAUUCCCCAAGAAACAUUUCGGACUUGGUCAAUAUCAUGAUGUACGAUUUUCUCGAAAAAAUAGCGGCUCCACAGUUGUUCUGCAGGUCGACAACUAUGAACCGGUUGAAUAUCAUUUCGAUAUCAAAGCUUCAGCCGAUGCUCAAUUCAAUAAUAUACAAUAUAUGUAUAUUGGUAAAAAUCUCUCUAUGACUGAUGGCUUUGUUGGCUGUGUAUCACGUGUGCAAUUUGAUGAUAUAUAUCCAUUGAAAUUAUUGUUCCAACAGAACCCACCACCAAAUGUCAAAUCUUUGGGAUCUCAACUUACUGAAGACUUCUGUGGCGUUGAGCCUGUCACCCAUCCUCCAGUUGAAAUUGAAACAAGACCUCCACCACUAGUCGAUGAGGAGAAGCUGCGUAAAGCAUAUAAUGAAGUUGAUACGGCAUUGUUGGCAAUUCUGCUCAUCAUUCUGUUCCUAUUGCUGAUAUUGAUGAUCUUCCUAAUUGGCCGCUAUUUGCACCGACACAAAGGUGACUACCUCACACACGAAGAUCAAGGAGCUGAUGGCGCUGACGACCCAGAUGAGGCUGUUGUACAUUCUACCACCGGCCAUCAAGUGACCAAACGAAAAGAAUGGUUCAUAUAGUUUGAAAUGCCCCACGUCGAUGAGUGGUCAACGUAGUAGGUCUAGAAGAAACAAACAAAACAUCAAUCCAAACAGAGAAUGCAAAUUUGAAACUGAAAAGCGUUAAAGAUGUCCAUUAAACAUAAACUGUUAUCAAGCAAAGGCUUUUACUAAGUGCGUUUAACAGUAACGACGACGACGACAAUGACGAUGACAAACAAACCUUAAACAACAAAGCUGGCCUUAAAACGUUGAUUAUGAAAUGAUAAACAUAACUAAGUCUUCGUAAAUGCUGAUUUUUUAUACGACACUGCCAAUUAUUUUGCAGAAAACGACACUUAAUUUUUGCUUGCAACUUUAUUUGUUUACUUUUCUUUUUCAGUUUUUCUUUAUGAUUCUUAUUAUGUUAUGUCACAAUCGAAAAAAAAAAAACGAAAUCUCUAUAUUAUUAUACAAAAGUUUGGUUUAAUUUGGAAAAUCAACACACAGACUUUUUGAGUUCUUAUACCGUCCAUUAUUUGUAUUUUUAGUUGUUAGUUUCAUUUUAUUAAUCUUAAGUUUAUUCUUUUUUAAUAUCUUUACAAUAACAGCGAACAUGUGCUCAUGCGAAACAUAAUUUGAAAUGAAAAACAAAAAAAACUAUUUGAAAACAUCCCCAUUUUGUUUUGUAAAUAAGAAAAUGUUUGUGUUGCGUAGAGCUAUAGCGCGUUGUGUCCAAAAUCGAAUUGAAUCGAAUAGUAAUUUUUUAUCUUUACGACAAGAACAAACAUUGUAUACACGUUUUUCUACAUCUGUCUACUCCCACUACAUACCCCCCACCACCACCACAGUUCUGCAGCUUCUUAUUACAAAAGAUGACGUUUCCUUUCAAUGAAAACGUGUUACUACAUUCCAUUAUAAUCAUAUACAUACAAAUUGUAUUGUGUUAAAUGCAUAAUUUUAAAAUUAUUUUUUUUAUGUAGAAAUUAGUUUUGUUACAAUUUAACAAAAAAAAAAAAAAGAUAAUAAAAACAAAAGAAUAAAAACCAUAUUUGCAUUGAAAUUUUACAAGUAAUUAUAAUACAAAUAAUUGAAUAAAUACAUUAUUAUUGAGUAAACAUUAAAUGAAAUGUUGAAAAUAAGGCAGCCGAAUAAGCGAGAACAUUAAGUGCAACUAAGUCAAUGCAGGUUGAUACUACAAAACAUCCAUCAAAAACAAUAGAACAAAAUGAGAAGAAGAUGAAAUUCAUCACAACUUUAUUGUGGUAAUUGAAUAUUUAUUGUGAAUUGAAUAUAUAUUUUUGUCCUCGGUAAUAAAGAUACAAAGUUUAGUAUUUUAAUAAAUAAAGUUAGAUUACUAUACAAUAAAAAUAAAGAAAAUGAGAACAAUAAAUUUCAAUACAUCGCAAA